AUGGGGUGUGGUAUCAGUACAAUGGCUCCGGAAGAGGAGAAAGAUCUGUUUCUACAGAAUAAACGAGCAAACGAAGCCGUCGAACGCUCUUUACAGAUGCAAAAGCACAAGGAAAAUAAAGAGAUUAAGCUUUUAUUGUUAGGAGCCGGAGAAUCUGGAAAGUCUACCGUGUUAAAACAAUUGAAACUUCUACAUCAGGGCGGAUUUAGUAACCAAGAACGUCUUCAAUACACCCAGGUGAUUUGGGCAGAUGCCAUUCAAUCAAUGAAGAUUUUGAUUAUCCAAGCGCGAAAGUUAGGCAUUCCCUUGGAUUGUGACAAUCCUCAAACCAACCGCCAUUUAUUCGAGCAAAAGAGGCUCUUGCUCAGAGCUAAACCACUGGAGCUCAUUGACGCUAGCCUGGCGGGUGGAUCGGGGUUUUUAAACGAUUACGUUCUCAAAUAUUCGGAAACUAGUGAAAACAAGCGUCGUACUCAAAGCACAGGACAGGCGCAAGCGUUCCGCAGCAGUGUUUUGAUGGAUCAAAUCUUGGACACCGGAGGUGCUUACAAGGACAGCGGCGACGCUGUCAAUUAUCAGGAGUUAUCAGAGGGCCUAAAUGAAAAUGGAACAAAUCCGGCUCUUGUGCGUCAGCAAUCAAACUCUCGACCAGUGAGUAGUCAGCAAAUCGCUGUCGCAAUCCAAAAGUUGUGGGAGCAGGAUCGCGGGAUCCGCCAAUGCUUUGCGCGGUCCAACGAAUUUCAACUGGAAAGCUCUGCAAAAUACUACUUUGAAAACAUUCAUAAAUUCGCCACUCCGGGAUACGUAUGCUCAGACGAGGACAUCCUCAAGGGGCGUAUCAAGACCACCGGAAUCACGGAAACGUCGUUCAACAUUGGGUCUUCCAACUUCAAAGUUCUCGAUGCCGGCGGUCAACGGUCUGAACGGCGUAAGUGGAUUCACUGUUUCCAAGGAAUAACGGCAGUGUUAUUUGUGCUAGCAGUGAGCGAAUACGACCAAAUGUUGUUCGAGGACGAGCGAGUGAACCGCAUGCAUGAGUCUAUCAUGCUUUUCGACACACUUUUGAAUUCCCGAUGGUUCGCCAAUACGCCGUUUAUUCUAUUUCUUAAUAAGACUGACAUAUUCAAGGAGAAGCUCACUAGGUCGCCUAUUAGGCAGCAUUUCCCACACUAUCAAGGCCGUGUGAAUGACGCUGAGGCUGGACUAAAGCAUUUCGAAAACAUUUUUUUGGGUUUAAACAAAUCUCAGAGACCAAUUUACGUACACAGGACCUGUGCCACUGACCCACAAAGCAUGAGGUUCGUGUUAACCGCUGUAGCAGACUUGAUCAUUCAGCAAAACCUGAAGAAGAGUGGGAUCCUUUGA